AUGACAUCUACUUAUAAAUCAAUUUCCUACCUACCGAUUUUGCACAAUCCAUUUCUUAAUUGUAUAUUUAAUAAUCCACAAUAUUUUAAAUCACCACUCAAGGGCGUCGUGGAUGAAUUGCAAUCCAAUCACACAAAUUUUACCAUAUUAGUACCUCCAGCCCAUGUAUUGAACGAAUACUAUGACCCAACCACAGAAAGUUCAAACUCCAAAACACCUUUAAAGGAACUAUGUUAUAACAAUGAAGAUUUCAUUAGAUCUCAUAUUAUAAAUACAGCAUCACCUGUUUCCUGCACCAUUACUCCCAUUUCAAAGGAGCAGCUGGUUAUCUAUAAUACAUUGAACAAUAAACAAGUUCUCAUUAAAAAUAGAAUCAUUUACACCGGUAAGGGGUUUAGGCGAAGCUUGAAAUUGAAAACUUUGUCGAUACAGUACUUUAGUUCCUUUUGCGACUAUUUCCCGAAAAGAAGCAAAUUUAUGAUCAUCUAUAUCGAGAGCACUUUGUUUGGAGGAAUCCCACCAAGAAAGAUGUUGCCUCCACUUCCUCAAGUAAGAGAAUCAAAUGAAACAAAAAAAGACAUUGAUUCAGUAACAUUUGAAAAACUAUUAAGAAGUUUCCCAUUAUUAUCCAAAGCUGUAAGUGAUAAGUUUUAUCGAUUAUUUCACCAUAACAAUUAUCAAUUUCGGGUGCUAAGAUACAAAAAUCGCAAAAAACUAUCUCAUAUCAAACUUGAAUUCCAGAAAAUAUUGCAGGAAGCUUUUAGUAUCAUACUGGAUAGUGUAAAUGUGGAUAACCCAAACAGUGAACAAACCUACAAUUUAAUAAAUCACAUAAUCAGCAUGUACCCGGGCAUAGAUUUAAAUAAAUUGGUACAUGAAUAUGUUGAACUCAACUUGUAUGAUGUGUUAUGGUCACAAUUAAUUUUCCAGUUCAAUUGCCCCAAUGAUGAUAAGGAAACUUACGACCCUGAAGCUUUUCUUAUUUUAACGAAAGAAAAAUACGAGAAAUUGUCUUGUUUGUCCUUAAAUCAAUUGGAUAUUCCUGUCAAUGAACCUUGGCUUAUGAAUGAAUUGCAUGAACGUAUUUCUUUAGGUGUACAAGAGUUUGAGAAAUUGACAGACUCGUCUAUCAUGAAUCUGGCGGCUAAGACUCAAGUUGUUUACAACACAUUUCGAAUACUCACACAGAGGAAAAGCGGUACAGUUGAUCCAGUAAUAAACGCAGACACUUUGAUCGGACUUUUAAUAAUGGUUAUUAUACAUUCCAAAAUAGACAACAUUGAAGCGCACAUUUACUAUAUUAAGCACUUUAACUCGAUUGAUAAUACUAAUGAUGGCCAAUUUAACUACAUCAUGAGCAACUUGGAUGCAGUAUUGUUUCAUUUUUCGAAAAAGGAGUCGGGGUAUUUAGACUUGAUUGAAAAUUCAAAAAAAAACUAUGAGACAUGGAAUGCUAUUAAAAAUAAUGAUUUGGAAAAAGUGGAAUCAAUUUUAAAAUUGGUUAAGAAUGAGUAUCCAGAUACUGAAUUACCUGAGAACCAUUUUAUUAAAAGUAAGAACAUUAAUGGUGAAAGUUGUUUAAUGUUUGCAGUAAAGGCAAAGAGAUAUGACAUCUAUGAUUGCUUAAUUAAUCUGGAUCCCAAUUGGAUUCCCAUAGAUAGUAUUCUAUUUGAGAAAAAUGUCAUGACUAAUCAAAACUUGUUGAUGUGUGCAUUAAUAGAAGAAACUGAUGACAAAAUUAUCGAUGAUUUAGUCGACAUUAUUUUGGAGAAUGCUACAUUGGACGAACAGAUAAUUUAUUUUAAUAUGACUGAUAUUUCUGGAAGAAGUGUUGGUCAUUAUUUGUUCCACAACUACAAGCUUAUAUCAAAAAUUGGUCCUUUAAUUGAUUGGGAAAAAAAGGACAAUAACUCACAUACUCCUUUGUUUAGUCUUUGUAGGUGUUACGACCAUCCUGAAUAUGUUGAAUUAAUCGAAGCUGGGUUUGAUUGUGUGUACAAGAAAUACGGUGAGACAGGUGUUGACUAUGACAAGCAUGUUGAUAAGUCAGGAAAUACGCUAUUGCAUGUUCUUCUCAGAGGUAUUCCAGAAUCAAAAAUGUUGUCAAACCGAGACAACUUAGUCAAUGUGAACCAGUUAAAUCAACGUUGUCUAUCUCCUUUGAUGGUAUAUGUAAAGUACAACAGAUUAGAAAACUUGAAAGAAGUAUUAAAAGAUUCACGACUUGAUUUUUUGGGAGAAGAUUUCAAAAACCAUUAUAAUGUUUUUGAUUAUUUGAGCUUUCUGGCGUUGAAGUCUACAAAAUCUGAGAAAUUCCAGAAUAUAGAGAAUGUCGUUUUUGACUAUUACUUACAAAACUAUUUCCCACAUGGUGCUACAGAGAAUGUAGUGGCAUUGAACGCCAAAUAUGAUGGCGGUAAAAAAGAUUGGUUGAUAUUUUUCAAAAAUGGAGACGGGUUUUGCAAUUAUAAGUCCUUACGAAAUAUAAAACAGAUAUUGUAUCUAACCAAAUUAAGGCAACCACUUUCUGCUUUCCCCAGUGAGGAAGCGUUCUGGAAGAAUUAUGGAUUUGGGAUUUCGACAUCACCAAUGUUUCAUAAAGUUAGGAUCAAUAGAUUGAUUGAUGAUUUUAAUCUAUUGUUUGAAGGCUUAACAUUUCAGGAGUCCAUUAAUAGAUCCGAAUUUUUCAAAACUUUCCUCACUGAAUAUUCUCAAGAAACCCUGAUACUUGAACUGAAACGGAAAAUCAGUGAACAACUUGAUAUGAACAAGCAGUCCUUGGGAGAAAUCACUUAUAAGCUAAGCCAGAUCCAAGAGAUUGAAUAUUUUUUGGAAUAUUCUUUAAGCAAUUUCCAAAAGUAUGCAUAUUUGUUUUCUAGGCUUGCAAAACUUGUGUGUAUUGGUGACAGCAAGCAGGUGGAUUGCAAAAAUGUGUUAGAUACAAUUAUUUAUAGAUUGAACGUAACCACAGUUUUUGAUGAUAUAUUUACUUAUCCUGAAGUAAACAAUCAGGCAGGAACUUUAGGUGUGGCACGAGAAUACUUCUAUUGGAUCCAGACGCAUGGUGAUGAGUUGCUAAAUGGCAUCCAAAAACUUGUUUCUGACAUUAAUUCAUGGAAACAAAUGUAUUAUGCGAUUUGUCAUAUAAAUCUGGAAUUGAGGCAAAUGGAGCCACAUGAUACAGUAUUACAUGACCUGCAAGAAAACUCCAAUGGUCAGGAGCCUCUUUCUAGACGUGAUAGUUCAUUAUCUAUUCACCCUAUACCAGAAGAAGAACUUGAAGAUGACAGUCUAGGGUUCUUGUCAAACUUUGUUGGAACAAGCAAAAAGGCAAGAUAUAAGAAACUAGUAGUCGAAAAAUCAGAAACUGUUAAGAAUAUCAUGAAGUUAAAUUCCGAAAUCAAGUGGUCACAUGAAUUAAUUGCCGCAGAGAUAUCCGAUUUCCUAAAAUUUAGAACUGAGUUUUUGAGGUUUGGUAUGAAGAGAUAUAUUGUAGAAGAAGUUAAAAAAUUGAAGCAGCGCAAUACUGAAUUAUCGAAGUUUAUAUUUUUAGUCCGAAAAGAUAAAUAA